AAUUUUAGGUUAGAGAGCAAGAAACUUGCUAUACGACCCUUCUUCAUUAUUUCAACACAAACAACAACUUCACUAUUCAUUCAUCAGAACAAACCCUCACAGAUCGAUUGAGCAACAAGGAAGAAAACAACAAUGGAGUGCGUUUUUGGAUUAGUCGGUAACGGCUUCGCAAUUGUGGUCGCCGAUACAUCGGCAGUUCAUAGCAUCCUCGUUCACAAGUCCAACGAGGACAAGAUCAUGGUCCUCGAUUCGCACAAACUUGUCGCAGCUAGUGGCGAACCCGGUGACAGGGUUCAAUUUACUGAGUAUAUUCAAAAGAACGUUGCUUUGUAUCAGUUCCGUAAUGGGAUCCCUCUCACCACCGCCGCCGCCGCUAAUUUCACUCGUGGUGAGCUCGCCACUGCUCUCCGCAAGAACCCCUACUCCGUGAACAUCCUUCUUGCUGGUUAUGACAAAGAGACAGGGCCAUCACUAUACUACAUUGACUACAUUGCAACACUUCACAAGCUUGAAAAGGGAGCUUUUGGUUAUGGUUCCUAUUUCUCACUGUCAAUGAUGGACAGACACUUCCAUAGUGGAAUGUCUGUGGAAGAAGCAAUUGAUCUUGUUGAUAAGUGCAUUGUGGAAAUCAGAUCAAGGUUGGUUGUCGCACCUCCAAACUUUGUUAUCAAAAUUGUUGACAAGGACGGAGCAAGAGAGUAUGCAUGGCGCCAAUCAGUCCAGGACACACCUGUUCCUUCAGCUUGAGUUAAUCUUGUUCUUGGUCUUGAUUGGACUUAUUCUCUUAUGCCUGUGUUUUUAAUACUUCACUUUCUCUUAUUGAUUUUGAGAUAUCUCUGAAAAUCACGGUCUCUAAAUAGUUAAAAGUUAGACAUUUUGUUGUUUGAAUUAAUAUGUAUGACCUGUUCUACUCAGAUUUGUGACAAUGCAGGAGACUAGCUUAAAUUUUAAUUUGAAAAAAGGUGCAUGUUAAUGAA